GGAAAGCAGCUGUCUACCUUUGUUAUUGCUCUGGUGAGCUUGCUCGUCACGACUCUUGUCAUUGCAGUCAGAUGUGUCGUUCGUACAUCCAUCCGAGGCUUCGGUCUCGAUGAUUGGUCGAUGGUGAUCGGUCAGGUAUGUGUCUUGUCUAUUGAUGACCAUGCGAGUGUGCAAUUGCUCACAAAAGGCAGAUAUNUAUUCUUCGGUACCUGCGUCGUCGUCAUGUAUGGAUGCCAUACAGGCAUUGGCGUGAGAGACAUCUACUUGACCGCAGAAGAGCUUGUCAACGCGAGACAUGCCAUUGUCAUGUUCCAAUGCUUCUACCUCACCUCUCUCAUCUUUGUCAAGAGCAGCAUUUGUUUUGCUCUCCUGCGCAUCGCUACCAACAAGAGCAUCCGCCAGUUCCUUUACUUCAUCAUCUUUCUCUCCUUCUGCUGCGGUUUCGUCACCAUGGUCGCCUGUUUGGCCAUCUGUGUUCCUCUCUCGGCUUCCUGGACGGGUAUUGGCAAAUGUGCUGCACCUUACGUGAUCAAGUACGUGGCUGUCUAUACCACAGUGUCGAGCUGCAUCACCGACUUUUCAUGCUCUAUCCUUCCCUUUGUCAUUCUCUGGAACCUACAGAUGGACAAGAAGCUCAAGUUCGGUCUGGCCGCUAUCCUGAGUCUCGGUUUCCUUGCCGCUACAGUCGUCCGCGCCUUCUACUUCAACCGCUUCCNNCUUGCCCCCGUCGACUACGUUUGGGGUUUCUCCGACCUCAUGAUUUGGUCCAUUAUCGAAGAUCUCAUUGCCAUCACCAUCGGCAGUGUCCCCAGCUUGAAGCCCCUCUUCGUGCGCUUCAAGUGGAUGGCAUCCGUCUCCGGACGCCGCACCGGCAAGAGAACCGGUGACUACCAGAACUGCGAAUCUUACAACAUGCACUCUCAGAAUAAGAGCAAGAACCAGACCAGAGUCAUUACCACCGCUGCCGAAGAGAGCGACAGCAUGAAGGAUUUGGUCAGAGAAGAGGGUAUUGUCAUCAGUCAGGAGUUUAGGCACGAAGAAGAGUAUGAGUACCAUGACAGAAAGCCCAGAGUUUCUGUUUAA